CUUCAGGGCUGGCGGCUCCCUCACCCAGCCCUCCUUCCCGGGGCAGCGCCCCGGGGUCCCCUCCGGAGCUCCUUGCGGGCACGGGGCAUCCUCUCCUCCUCCACCCCCGGGCAGCGCCCUGUGUCAUCUCUUACCGGCCUCUCCGCCGCCUGGGUUCCCCUUUCCACUCCCCGUUCUCCCCUCACGCCACUGCCGUCCCCUCUUUCCCCUGCACCCCCAGGCGUGGGGCAUCCUUUCCCCCUUCCAGGGCCCCCCAGGGGAUGCCGCCCCCACGGGGUCCCUCUCCAGCUCCCCGCGUGCACCUGCAUCGCUCUUUCCCCGAGGGUGCUGGGGCACCUCGGCGGGCAGAUCCCUUGCAUGCCUUCCGCCGCCACCCCACGGAAAUGCUCCCCCAGCCCGCCGCCUGAUGGUCGUCGUUUCCUCUCUCCUGCCUGGGUGACUGAAGGGGCUUCGGGAAGCAGGGGUUCCAGUGUCAAGCCUCCAUGGCGUGGCUUGACCGGUGUUUACUCAACAGUUUGCUGCUUUGUUGUGCACAAACGGUGCCAUGAAUUUGUCACAUUCUCCUGCCCUGGCGCGGACAAGGGCCCAGCCUCUGAUGACCCCCGGAGCAAACACAAGUUUAAGAUCCACACCUACUCCAGCCCCACAUUUUGUGACCACUGUGGGUCACUGCUGUACGGACUUAUCCACCAGGGGAUGAAAUGCGACACCUGCAUGAUGAACGUGCACAAGCGCUGCGUGAUGAACGUCCCCAGCCUCUGCGGCACUGACCACACGGAGCGCCGCGGCCGCAUCUACAUCCAGGCGCACAUCGACGGGGAAGUCCUCAUCGUCGUCGUAAGAGAUGCGAAAAACCUUGUACCCAUGGACCCCAAUGGCCUGUCGGAUCCCUAUGUAAAACUGAAACUGAUUCCAGAUCCCAAAAGUGAGAGCAAGCAGAAGACCAAAACCAUCAAGUGCUCCCUCAACCCCGAGUGGAACGAGACGUUUAGAUUUCAGCUGAAAGAGUCAGACAAAGACAGGCGACUGUCUGUGGAGAUUUGGGAUUGGGAUCUGACCAGCAGGAAUGACUUCAUGGGGUCUUUGUCCUUUGGGAUUUCGGAGCUACAGAAGGCUGGUGUUGAUGGAUGGUUUAAGUUACUGAGCCAGGAGGAAGGUGAGUACUUCAAUGUGCCGGUGCCGCCGGAAGGAAGUGAGGGCAACGAAGAGCUGCGGCAGAAGUUUGAGAGGGCCAAGAUCGGCCAGGGAACCAAGACUCCGGAAGAAAAGACGACUAACACUGUCUCCAAAUUUGACAACAAUGGCAACCGGGACCGGAUGAAACUGACUGAUUUCAACUUUCUGAUGGUGCUGGGGAAGGGCAGCUUUGGCAAGGACCGCUUGUACUUCGUGAUGGAGUAUGUGAACGGGGGCGACCUCAUGUACCACAUCCAGCAGGUUGGCCGGUUCAAGGAGCCCCAUGCUGUAUUUUAUGCUGCAGAAAUUGCCAUUGGUCUGUUCUUCUUGCAGAGCAAGGGCAUCAUUUACCGGGACCUGAAACUUGACAACGUGAUGCUGGACUCUGAGGGCCACAUCAAGAUUGCUGACUUUGGCAUGUGUAAGGAGAGCAUCUGGGAUGGGGUGACAACCAAGACGUUCUGUGGCACUCCAGACUACAUUGCCCCUGAGAUAAUUGCGUACCAGCCCUAUGGGAAGUCUGUAGACUGGUGGGCAUUCGGAGUCCUGCUGUAUGAAAUGCUGGCUGGGCAGGCCCCAUUCGAGGGAGAAGAUGAAGAUGAACUUUUCCAGUCCAUCAUGGAGCACAACGUGGCUUAUCCAAAGUCUAUGUCCAAGGAAGCUGUGGCCAUCUGCAAAGGGCUGAUGACCAAACACCCAGGAAAACGUCUGGGCUGUGGACCCGAAGGCGAACGUGACAUCAAGGAGCAUGCAUUUUUCCGGUAUAUUGAUUGGGAAAAACUUGAACGCAAAGAGAUCCAGCCUCCAUAUAAACCAAAAGCUAGAGACAAGCGAGACACCUCCAACUUCGAUAAAGAGUUCACCAGACAGCCUGUGGAACUGACUCCCACUGAUAAACUCUUCAUCAUGAACUUGGACCAAAAUGAAUUUGCUGGCUUCUCUUAUACUAACCCAGAGUUUGUCAUUAAUGUGUAGGUGAAUGCAAAUUCCAUUGUUGAACCUGGGGUGUAAAACCUCAGGCCAAGUGUAUGUAUCAAUUCUAGUCUUCCAGGGCUCAUGGUGCACAUGCUGGCAUUCCACUUGUGGAGAGCUUGUCUUGGAGGGCUUUUCUUUGUAUGUGUAGCUUACUAGUUUGUUUUCUACAUUUGAAAAUGUUUAGUUUAGAAUAAGCGCAUUAUUCAAUUAUAGAGAUGAAAUUUCCCAAACUUCCAGAAACUCAUCAAAUGAACAAACAAUGUCAAAACUACUGUGUCUGACACCAAAAUGCUUCAGUAUUUGUAAUUUUUAAAGUCAGAAGCUGAUGUUCCUGGUAAAAGUUUUUACAGUUAUUCUCUAAUAUCUUCUUUGAAUGCUAAGCAUGACUGGUAUUUUUAAAAGUUGUGAGUAAGCUUUGCAAUUACUGUGAACUAUUGUCUCUUGGAGGAAAAUGUUUUAAGAAUUGAUAUGAUUAAACUGAAUCAAUACAU